AUGGACAUGUCGGAGAUGGACAUGGGCAGUAUGUCCACUGGCGUGGGCAUACCGACCUUUUUCCAGUUUCAGAAGUACUACUGGGCUGUCGUUGGAACAGUCAUUGCCAUUGCAACAGUGGCCAACGUGCUGAAUCGACUUCUUGCUCAACAACGACUCCACGACAAAUCAGAUACGCCAUCCAAGCCAAAAUCCAUAUUUUUCCAAACAUAUGCAACGAUUACUGCGACCACCAGGGAACUUGGCAAUGCGGCCUUGCAGCCCAUCAAUCUAAAAGGCCAUACGCUGCGUCUAGCUCCUCUCGGCCCUGUGUCUCUGAUGUUAGCCAACUUGGUGACCAUCAUUGUUAUGAUGUUCUACGGCUUUGAUACCGAGAACUGGCUGAACUGGGAAGAUAUUGGAUAUAGAGCAGGGUUCAUGUCCAUUUGCCAGCUACCUCUGGUCAUUCUACUGGCUGGGAAGCAAAACAUCAUCGGUUUAUUGACCGGAACUAGCUAUGACUACCUAAACUGGUACCAUCGUUGGGUUUCUCGGACCCUGUGGCUCUCAGCUACGAUUCACAUGGGCUUCUGGUUUCGAGACUACGGCAAAUACGACUAUAUCGUAACCAUGAUCAAAACAGAUUACUUCACACAACAUGGCUUUGCUGCAUGGUGCGUUCUAACAUUCAUUUUCCUCACCUCGUUUGCCCCCGUGCGCAGGUGGAAUUAUGAGUUCUUCGUUAUUCAGCAUAUUGUGACCAUGGCCGGUUUCUUGGCUGCCGUAUAUCUGCAUGCUCCGGGUGAAGUCAGAUUUUGGGUUUGGAUUCCGAUUGGCUUUGUGUGCUUUGACCGCUUCGUGCGAAUACUGGUGCUGGCAUUUGCCAAUCUCUCUAUUGUCCACUUUUGGUCGAACCAGCAAAGACCGUUGUUUGCCAACAAGGCCACAUUUACUCCUCUCCCUGGCAAUGUCACCCGCAUCACUAUACCAAAUCCCCUCAUCAACUGGAACCCUGGACAGCAUGUGUUUUUGGGCUGUCACUCGAUAGCGCCUCUUCAAAGCCAUCCUUUCACCAUCAUGUCGAUUCCAUCGGAUAAUAAGCUUGAGUUUCUUGUGCGCGCCGAAAAGGGUGGCACCCGUCGGUUUUUCCGAUCUGCGACUAAACACAACGCCUUGCUUGGAGAAACGCAGUCUACAGAGAAGGUCAAACGCACAGUGUUUAUAGAAGGCCCUUAUGGAGCUGUACGGUCCUUACGUCAAUUCGACAGUGUUGUCCUCUUGGCCGGGGGCAUGGGCUGUACCUAUACCCUGCCUCUGAUGCGAGAUAUUGUGCAUGCCUGGAAGCUGGAAUCCCAGAGUGCAGGUACACUCGGUUCAAAAAUAUCGUCCAUGGCGCCAGAGCGAUUGGCCACAACAAAAAGAAUUCGCUUCGUCUGGGUGAUCAAGUCACGCAGUCAGCUUAGCUGGUUGGAGACAGAAUUGCAGUCGGUGCUACAAGAUUUGCAGAAUUUCCGACAACAAUACCGUGAAACGGACAAGGAGAUUGAAAUCAGCAUCUACUUGACCUGUGAUGAAAGCCUGGAGAGGCCCAUGGUUGUACAGCAUCCUUUUACCAUGGCAACACAUGAAGACAAUUCGCGAGAUAUAGAAAAGGGAGGCAGUCCUGAUGAAAAAGUCGUCCAAGCCGAGAACGUCGUAGUAAGAUCUGGCUCUCCAUCAUCCGGAUCAACAGAUGCAAUCCAGGACACAGGCUGCGGUGUCAAGAAGACAUGUUGCUGCAGCACGGUAAUUGAGGACGAGGAUGACAUCUCAUCCAUGCCACAAUGCACAUGUUCCGGUCCAGCGGCGUCAAAUACAGUGGCUGGGGCAGAAAAGCAAAAGGAAACUGCCUUAUCAUCGUCAUCGACCUCUUCACUAACAGACCUGAAAGGGUUUAAAACAUUGGCUGGUCGACCACACCCACGAUCUAUCAUCGGUAACGUUCUCGAGCGGGCCCAAGGGGAGAGUGCAGUGGUGCACAAAACCCUCGACAUAAUAACCCUCUUCCACAAACCCACCGUCCAAAGCUCAACACGCGUCCUCAACCUCCUCCGCACCGCAUCCGCACAUGCCUCGGAAGUCGCAAAUGCCACACUAGACCAAGCCAGCGACGUUUCUUCUACUUCUUCUUCGACAGCGUCAUCAUCAAAAAAGCAAAUCCCGCUGCGCGACGAUUUCGAAAUCGAGGUUACAGAGUCGUUGCCUACGCCGGAUCAGCUUAGUACUAUUAUUGAUUAUUUGGGUAGUAAGGGGGUGCGGGCUUCGGCUGUGGUGGAGGGGGCGGCGAGUAAGGAAGAUGCGUUGAAGAAGUUGAGUGAGAGUGGGUUUGUGAGGCCGAUUGUCGUUGACUGGAAUAAUGGCCGUGCUGUGGUUGGCGAGAAUCAGUCCGAGAUAUUACGAUUGUUGAGGAAGGAGGAUGACUCGAUAUGA